CGAAUUUCGAUUUUAAAUUUUAAUUUUCAUAGGUUAUAAUCUCAGGUUAAAAUCAUUUCCCGCAUAUAUUCUGAAAUUCAAAAUAUUUAUAAUAACUUGUAUAAAGUAAAUAAUCUUAUCUACCUUACUGUUUAUUUACAUAAUCAAUAUUUCAAAAAUCAAUCGAUCAAAAAUGGAUUUUAACUUCCUGACUGGAUUGGGAUGCGGCAUUUGUAUAGGGAUAUCAAUAUUUGCACUGAAAAAAUAUCUCGGAAUUAUCACCGAAACCGCAAAAGUAGUGAGAAAGAUUGCAUCAGAUUCAGAGUACAAAAUGGUGUUAGUAGUACGGACAGACCUCAAUAUGGGCAAAGGAAAGAUUGCGGCGCAGUGUGGCCACGCGGCUGUGGGUGCCUAUGAGAAAGCGUUGAAACGAGACCCCGAAGGUUUGAAGAGUUGGCAAGCGACUGGUCAAGCAAAAAUAGCACUAAAAACAGAUUCUGUGGAUGAAAUCAAACAAAUAGCAGACAAUGCUAAGAAAAUGGGACUAGUUACCUCCUUAAUAAGAGACGCAGGAAGAACUCAAAUAGCUCCCAACUCUAUUACAGUGCUUGGUGUAGGUCCAGCACCUAAAGAUGUUAUUGACAAAGUUACUGGGCAUUUAAAAUUAUUGUAACUUUGUAAUAAAUAUGUUGGUUAAUUGUAAUAUAAA